UUUCAUUUUGCGUCAGGGUGAUAUAAAGCAGUUUGUUCUUUUGAAUCUGCCCACCGAUUGGUCAAAAUGGUGUUUAUCGCCCAACUCCCCGACGUUCCUCUCUGCGCCAUUCAAUAUCAUUCGUAUCAUGACAUGUGACAUUGGGUGAUUAUAGGUACAUAUAACGAACGGACUUUACCACAUUUUUUUAAAGUAAAUAUUAACAUUAUCCGUACGGUUUUAAAAGUUUUACUUGUAAACUAUAAUGAGACGAAAAAUUACAUCCAAAUUAAAAUCCUUCGAAGUUUUCACGACCAGGUGUACGGUUGCGUUUCAGGGCAUUGAUAAGCAACUGUCAACGGGAAUUCAAACUAUAAAUUCACGACUGCUAUAAUUUAUAAUACGAUAUAUCUUUGGAACGAUCAUCAGUAGAUAAAGUUGCACGGGAAAGCGUAAGAGAAGAUUGAGUCGCGCAAGGAUCAAUAUUUUGCUUUUAUGGCGAAGAAUGUUGACCCAUUUAGAUGUACGUCUGUAAAUUAUGCGUUUACCGCAUUACACCGCGGGCAUUACUGCGGCAAAUUUUUGACAAUUUCGAAUUUCAAAUUUCAGUUCGUACUUUCGGUAACAAACCGUGGUGGUCGCAGUAUUACUUUCUGUCUUAUCGAAAAUAGGGAAUUAAGUCACCGCGGAUCAGCUCCCCGGAGACAGCAGCAUAGUAGAUACAAACGCUGCACGAGCAGUGAGUGGUAAAUGAACCCGCGAGAAGAGAGCACAGCCUUAGUAUUUCUCUUAUUUCGCAGCCAAACGACGUGCGUGUGAAUUGCCGACAACGAUAUUACUUCAGCAGUUGAAUUAUUUGCGAAGUAUAGAUAUAACACGAUGAAGAAAACUUCCUGCAAUGAUCACUCCAGGAAUGAGUGCAUGGAGGUGGAGGACAUUUCUGAAAGUCGGAGUUACGGCCGUCGUCAUAGCAAAGGGGGUUGUUCGGAAAGGGAAAUGGAUGACGAUCAAGAAAUUUUUCAGGAAGUCGAGGUGCAGAUGGUCGUUCCACCGGAUGGUGGCUGGGGUUGGGUCAUAGUUGCAGCUUCUUUCAUGUGUAACUUGGUUGUGGAUGGCAUCAUCUUUAGCUUCGGCGUAUUUCUAGUUCACAUUUGCGAAGAAUUAUCCGUUUCAAAGGCACAAGUUGCCCUUGUGGGCUCUCUGCAGAGUGGAUUCUACCUGAUCACUGGCCCGUUCGUGUCGGCGCUAGCUAACAAGUACGGAUUUAGGCUUGUGGCGAUGCUUGGCAGUGUCAUAAGUUGUUCAGCUCUAAUUCUGGCAUUCUUCGGCCAGUCGAUUGAACUUUUGUGCAUCUCAUACGGUGUUUUGGGUGGAAUAGGAGCUGGUCUCAUUUACGUCCCUGCCGUGAUAUCAGCUGGAUUUUAUUUCGAACGUUGGCGUGCUUUAGCAACAGGCAUAGCAGUUUGCGGAUCAGGAAUUGGUGCAUUUAUACUAGCGCCAAUCACUAAAAUCUUAAUUAAUCACUACGGUUGGAGAGGAGCAUUUCUCAUUCAAGCGGGUCUGCUCAUCUACUUAUUCAUAUCUCCGUCUGGAAUGCUGCUGAAUUGUGCGGUUUUCGGAGCGUUGCUUCGACCCUUGGCACCGUCCUGCGUAAAGGUUUAUAAAGCUACUGAGGAGAAGACCGAGAUUGAGAUGGUGCCAUUGUCCAGGAAAUCUGGUUCGGCGGGUUGCCUCUACACGACACAGCCAUCCGGACGCCGACUCCUUGGUACAAACAACAAUACUGAAUUUGCGACCGCCGCACAGUUGCUUGGUAGCAGCCCUAAUAUCGUAAACUGCAGAUCAUUGCAUUCACUUCACAAAGAGAGCCAUGGAAUGGGAAAGCAAGUGAAAUCCAAUCACAGUAGUCUCGACAGAUUGUCGGAACCCGUACUAUAUCCAGAUGUGAAAAUUCUUGCUGAUCAAGAAUUGAAAACCGUCGAGGAGGAAAACAAUUUGCUGAGCGGUGACUUGGAGCGUCUCAAUGGGCGUGUACCGACAAAUGAACGAAGACAUACAGUGUGCGUUCGCCGAGACAGAUCCAAUUCCGACACAAGUCAAAAGUUUUACAAAUCAAGACCGGCCACUGCUAGCAAAGACAACAUACAGAGACCAUUUUAUAGGGAUGACAUAUUCUACGGUGGUUCAUUGAGGAGGUUGUCUCACUACAAGUCGCAGACGUCUUCGGUUGGAUAUCACAUGUCGGUGACCCGACUCCCAACAGAAGCAGACGUGGACGAGGAGAAGAGUGGAGCUUGCUACUUGUGCCCCGAAGGAGUGCGACGUAUAUUGGUGACAAUGCUGGACUUUAGCCUUCUCAAAAGUCCCUCAUUCCUAACUCUGGCCUUCAGUGGCUCUUUAACCAUGAUGGGAUUCUAUACGCCUUUCACGUAUCUCCCAGACAGAGCUAUAAUAUCCGGUAUCGACGAGGGAACAGCGACGUUCCUAUUGUCCGUUAUUGGUAUAACCAACACUAUUGGGCGUGUUGUCUGCGGUCUUGUCACGAGCUUACCAGGUGUCAACGCUCUACUCGUAAACAACGUGUUCAUCAGUAUUGCUGGUAUCGCCACAAUCGGGUCCGGAUUGUCUUUUAGCACGGAGUAUCAGUUCAUUUAUGCAGCCGUCUUCGGCUUCAGUAUUUCUGUAUUUGCCGCACUCAGGACCAUCUUGAUUGUCGAUUUGAUAGGGUUGGAGAAAUUAACGAAUGCCUUCGGGUUGGCGCUAUUAUUUCAAGGUGUCGCUGCGGCUAUUGGUACACCUCUUUCUGGUGUCUUCAUGAAUAUUACUGGAAGUUAUGACGUUUCGUUUUACAUUUCUGGCUCGCUGAUGCUCAUUUCAGCAGUUAUCUGCUACCCUUUGGAAAAAAUAAAUCGAUGGGAGAAACUUAGAGGUAACGAAGGGAGUCUGGAAUCACAAUAAUGGCUGAAUGGGAAUAUCGGCCUGUGUAUGAACGCUCAAUACGCGGUCCCAGUUGAAAAACGUUAGUGAGUGAUAAUUUUUACAAAGUAUAAAUAAGUAAGUUGAGUAUAUUUUUAUACAUUACUUGUACAGUUUAUAUCAACUUGGUAGUCUACAUUAUUGCGCAUAAAAACAAAACAAUGAGAUAAUGUAAUUCUACUGUGUUAACUUUGUCUUUGGGAAAAUAAUAAUGAAACAGAUACUAGGCAUGA